AUGAGGCCGAUCUCCGUAUCUUUGGCGUCUGCCGCGGCGCUGCUGUCUGGUGUAAGCGGCUUGGCCCAUACAGUAGCCCGGUCAGCAUCUAACCCAAGCUGUUUCCCUUUUGGCGCCGAGGCAAAGCUGAAUGCGAAUCUGCAACCUCCCCAUGUUUCCAGGGAGGAUUGGUGGUGUCCCCAAUCCGAUUUCUAUGGCUUCCUCGGCUUCUCGUUUCCUUUCCAGUUCACCAAUGAGGACUUUGAGGUUUCGAGUAUUAGCUCUCACAUGCAGCAGAUGAAGCGUCAGUUUGGCGCGACCAUGAUUCGCAUGUAUAUCCCGGAAAGCUACACCACGCAGUUAUGGGAAAAUGUACUAGAAGCUGCUAUUCUAAACAACAUGGGUGUCGUGGUCCAAGUAGCAUUUCCCAUUAGCGGCAACGAUCUCUCAUGGGAAAAGGUUCUCGAAACUACUCUGUUCGAAACCCUUGCAAACAGUAAAUAUUCAAAAAUCGCGCCAUAUGUCAUCUAUGCCGCCGAAUAUCUCAAUGAGCCAGUUGGAGAUUGCGACAUGUGUGCAGCUGGUAGCAGCGGGAAUGCGUCUGAGCCAGCCAGCCUAAAGAAUCUGACAAUGGGAAUGAGCGAUUUCCGCAAUGAAAUGCACAAAUUUGGUAUUCCAGCAGGAAUCAGCGAGGACUGGGACAGGCCCUAUUUGAUGAGCGGUGCGCCUGGAUCCGAUGGGCUAGGCGUAGGGCUAGGUCCAGUAGGAAAGGCACUUGUACCAGUUCUGGAUUUUAUUCAUGCCCAUGUCAUGGCGUAUUAUCACAAUAUCCAGGUUGAUGAUGCAUGGGCUUAUACAGCAAACCAGGUUUUGUGGUAUAAGAAGUAUCUGCCGCAAUUUCCGCUCAUUAUUUCUGAGAUGAUGUGGGCGACAGGCUAUAAUGUCCUCCAUGCUGGCGGCUACAUAACCGGAUUUGCCAUUGCAGAAGUGAGCGUUGCGGAUUACACCAAGUUCUGGAAGACGGUAGACGCAAAUUGCGCCUUUCUGAAGGAGCAUAACACGGCAUAUUUUAUCCAUGCAUGGAGACAGGAAGGUACUCUCAACAUGCUUCAAAAUGACGGAAGUGUUGUAAUUCCAAAUUGGAAGCCUAAGAAAUGGUGUUAG